GUGAGGAUAUAAUAACACCUUAUAAUGUUGUAUUGUUUUUCCAGGGAGGGAAUUUACUGACGGCCGAAGCCGAGUGGUUUGGUUUUGACUCUGUAUCUACCCACAUGAUCAUACUGACCGCUUCAUGAGGCUUUUUAUACUAUAUAUAGUCUCCUAUAUAUGUAAGCUAAAGACAGAAUCGGAUGACGAGGGGGGUGUCCCGUCCCCCGUCCCCCCCUUUAUUAUUAUUAUUAUUAUUAUUAUUAUUAUUAGCAUUUAUUUAUUUAUUUAUUUAUUUAUUUCUAACAGCGUCACAUACGCCGUUAUUUUCUUUUCUCGAGAAAGGCCGUUAUUUCCCAAUGCUGGUGCUAGUGAUGUCUGACACCACAGCUGAUCUGGAUCGGUAUCACUAACAGUGCUAAUACGUGACCACUUUCAUAGCCUAAUAUAUGCAAAUAAGAAUGGUUAUGCAAUAAAAGAAGAAUGUGCUGACUGACAUAUUGUUUAAUAUGAGGACCUUAGUCACAUGGCGUAUAAUUGCACGAUGUUAUUAAAUAUUAGUAGCCCGUGUUAGUUCUUGUGAUUGUAUGGGCAUUGUUGUUGUGUAUUGUCUGUCGUAUGAGCGUAUUAUUAUUAUUAUUAUUAUUAUUUUAUUAAGCAUAGACGACAACAAUUCAAGCAUUGUUGUUAUUAUAAUAAUAAUGAUGAUGAUAAUAAUUAUAAUGAUAAGGGUCGGGGGUUCGAUUCGCGCCGUGGCCCUGUGUGUGCGGAGUUCGCGUGUUCUUCCCGUGCUGCGGGGGUUUCCUCCGGGUACUCCGGUUUCCUCCGCCGGUCCAAAGACACGCACGGUAGGCUGAUCAGCGUGUCUAAAGUGUCCGUCGUGUAUGAAUGGGUGUGCGAGAGUGUGUGUGAUUGUGCCCCGUGAUGGAUUGGCACCCUGUCCAGGCAAAAUGUCCAUGACAAAGUAAUACACAAUCCCGUGCAUGUCCUGAUUUGAUUGAUGCAGGAUACAACUAAGCUGAAGGUUAAGGGUUUUGCUCAAGGACCCAACCAUGGCAACGUGCAUAAAUGUACAGAAAUAACGUCGCAUUUUGGCAUUGCAGAUCUUCCCGUUUCUAUUCAUCAGACAGCGGGCAUAACGGCUCAAAUAAAUCAUGAGGUAGUCAGAAGCAGGAGAAUGGGGCUUCGGUUGGCGGAGAAGGGGCACCACAGCAAGCGGAUGGUUGUAUUCGUGGCGCUCUUUCUCAUCACCACUCUCUUCUUCCUCUACAACUCCAACAGUACAAAUGAGUCAUAUGAGACUUUUAAGCUGGCAGCGUAUAACAGUGCCACCAAAAACACUGACCUGAAGAAAUGGGCUGGAAAAGAUGGGUACAUUCCUGUUUUUGGCAACAAGAGUCUGACCCUACACUGUGGCCAGUGUGCAAUGGUGACAAGCUCAAGCCACCUACUGGGCACCGGUGCUGGAGCAGAGAUUGACCGCGCCGAGUGCGUGAUCCGCAUGAAUGACGCACCUACAUCGGGGUUUGAGGCUGAUGUGGGAAAUAAAACUACCCUCCGCGUUGUUGCUCACUCCAGUGUGAUUCGUUUCUUCCGAAAACCCCAAGAGUUCCUCAACUGCUCUGACUGCCCAUCCGUCAUCUUCUGGGGUCCGCCCACAAAGAUCGGACCCAGUGCCAACGGUGCUCUCUACAAGCUGAUCCAUCGUGUCGCCGCCACAUGCACCAACCUCACAACCUUCGUCGUCACACCGAGCAAAAUGCGCAAGUUCGACACACUCUUUCAUAAAGAGACCGGCCGAGACAGACAGAAGUCGCAGUCAUGGCUGAGCACUGGCUGGUUCACCAUGGUCAUCGCUAUAGAGAUCUGUGACAAAAUUAAGGUUUAUGGGAUGGUGCCUCCCAGCUACUGUGGGAGGCAUCCUCAGCCUAAAAGAAUGCCAUAUCACUACUAUAAACCCAGAGGGCCAGAUGAGUGUGUAACGUACCUGCAGAACGAGAGGGGCCGCCGUGGAAAUCACCAUCGCUUCAUCACUGAAAAACAAGUUUUUGCUCGCUGGGCCAAACUCUACAACAUCAGCUUUGUACACCCCACCUGGUGAGAAAUGGAUAGCAAAAAGGCUGCCAGUCUCAUUCCUGUGGAUCCAAUAUGGCCACCAGCUCACCUCUCAGCCUCAUGAGACACUGAUCUAAAAUGGCUACCAGCCACAAUAUCCUUCCAGUGUGAAACAGUCAGCCUUACUUUCAGCUCAACAGGGGUACGGUCCAACAUGGCCCGCAGCGCCAAUCUCCAACUCCAAGGAGAUGUAUUAGUUUUACUCUCAAAAUCAUCCAAAAUGGUACCCAGCCUCAAACUGAGUCUAAUGAGAAACUACUUUAACAUGACCACCUGUCGAGAUAAAGUCAAAUGGCUGCUUAUUUUACCCAAAGCCUAAAGAGAGAUUCAACCAAAAUAGCUGCUGUGUUCACGUUUAUUACCACUGAUACAAAUUGACCACUGGUUUCCACACUGUCUCAUUUAGAUGAGGAAAUUCUUCAGACCUUCUUACAGAUCUGGCCAAGCUGAAUAAUCUGAGUUUGAAAAUGGUGCAUGCUUAGACUUUAGAGAGUGUCGUCCCUUUAUUAUACAGUUUGGCCAUUCGGAAGCCUGGAAAAUAUACCAAUCGUUUUCUUUAAACAGAUUUUAAAUCUUUUUAAAAAAAUUUACCAAAUAAAACGUAAAACUUAUGAUAGAGUUAAUGAUAUUGCAAUAAUCAGCAAAGCGGUGCAGAGUACGUCUUUUUGUAAACAAUUCCAUUAUAAAAUUCUGGUUUAAAAGUAUCGCUACAUAUUCAUAUUUUUACAAAUGCCUUUAAGAGCCCCCCCCCCCAAAAAAAACCAAAAAAACAAACAAAACAACCCACUGCUCAUGAAUGGUACUUUUAGAUUACACAGAUUUCCAGUGAUGGGAGGGCAUAGAGAAAGAGAGAGGGACCCUGAGAGUUUUGGUUAAAAAGGACCCCGGUGCACAUUUGGAUACAUUUGGCCAGGAUUUCGUGUUUAGUUGCCAACAUUUCCAGAAGCACUUGUAAGGGUUCUUUAAAAAAAAUAAAAGUUAAUAAAAAUUUAACCAAAGCCUUUAAUUUCCAUUGUAACCGUACUAUGAUGUGACGUUUUAAUUUUAAUUUAAUUUAAAAAAAAACAAAACAAAACAAAAAAACAGUUUUUUAGAUGGACCAUUCUCUUUCAUGUCUCAAUAUUUCAAGAUGGACUGCAAUCACUGCCCACCUAAUGUGCCAGCAACACACGCAAAGACAAAAGGUCCAAGUGUUUUAAUUCACGGAUUCUCUUCUAAUUUUAUUAGCUAACGCUCUAGAGCUAGUAAUUAUAGACAGAUGAUUCAUCCAGCUGAAAAUCCUUCAAAUUCUAUUCAUAAAAAAAAAACCAACAAAAAAAAGUUUCUUGUGUUCAUAACUAGUGUCUGUUAUCUCAACAUAUUCAAGAAUGUGCUGCCAUUGCUGAAGCAAACAAGUGCUUAAACGUGUAGGACGCCCGUUUCCGAGAUGUAAACUCGUAAUUGCGAGAAACAACAUCAAAUUCGUGCGAUGUGAACUCAAGAUCGCAAGACAUUACGCAAGUCGUACUCGUGAGAAAUAAAGUCGCAAUUACCUUUUUCAUUUUGUUUUACCCGUGGCGGAAACGGGCUUCCAUAAUAAAACGUGUAGGGAAGGAAGAACAUUUUAAAUCAAAGCAGGGCAGGGCAUCUGGCGUGUGUAAAAGCCUGGAGUUUGUAGCAGUCUGCUACUGCUGUUACAUUUAAGACACUUGGUUUAAUUCUUACACACGUAUCUGUAAAUGUAAUUACACGGUAAUAUGUAUUAGGUUUCUAACUAAAUGAGUUUGUUUGCAUGGCACCAGAGCUGCAACGACUAAUGGAUAAAAUCGAUCGAUUAGUCGGUCUACUUCUGUUCUGAAAAAAGUCCUAAAUGACGCACUAUACACGAUACACUUACACUAUGCACUAUGUACUCUACCGGCUAGUGUAUGGAUUUUAGAACGGUGAUAUACGCCGUUUCCCAGUCGAGGGCACACGACGUCAAACGCACGUAAUGCGCCGCCGCUAGCUUUAGCAGAAAACCCAGCAUUAACGAAAAUUCAUUUCUUCAGCUUAGUGUUUAUGUCAAAGUUACCUUUUAUGCCCACCAUGACCUCAGUGGUCAUCCGACGGAGGCGCAGUCGUCAAGUGACGGCGGAAAAAAGUGUGCGACCCGCUAAGGCGUGGGAACAUUUUACUUUGAAUUGCUCUGGUGUAGCACGGAAGCACGAGCACAAACUUAUGUUUAUAUCCAAAAUGCUCCAGUGUGCACAAGGGGUUGGGGAAAUUAAAAGGUUUAGUUUAAUUCAAGUUUAUUAUACAUCAUUAUAUGCUGUAUUUGCGCGCAUGCAGUGUCAAUUCUGUCGUUUAUUAUAACGGGAGCGAUCCGUAAGCGAUCCGUCGCGACGUAGACGCGGCGAUGAACGGCGAGUCAGAUCGGUAAUGUCUAAUUAAAACGGUACGAUCAAAGCAAACAUCAGUAAAACGUUAUACCUAAAGACUGUGAGUAACAGAAACCGUAAGGUGGCGUGAACGUGAGCCUUUUAUUAUUAUUCUAGGACUGUAAUUGAAUCUGACUGUAAUCGAGACUGUAUGGAAAACGUGGCUUUUAAAAAAUCCGAUUCAUCGAAGGAAAACAAUUGUCAGAUUAAUUCGAGUGUGAACGUAAUUGUCAGUUGCAGCCGUACAUGGCGCUACACAAAAUGCUAUUGCCUAGCUUUGGCAAUGAUCUAACUGGAUGGGGGCUAACCCCCUCGCUCACUGUGGAUGUUCCCUAUCUGCUUAUGACCCAUGACCUUUGACAAGCAAUAUCGGGAAUGUUUAUAAGUCUACCUUAAAGUGCACCUAUUAUGCUUUUGAAACGUGCCUAAUUAUGUUUAAAAGGUCUCAUACAAUAGAUUUACGUGCAUCCGAGGUCAAAAAACACUUUAACGUGCUCAUCGUUUAAAUUGCAGCAUCACCUUUUUUGUCACAAACGACUCGUUAAAUGAUCCGUUCUGAAGGAUUCGUUCUAAACUCCUCCUUUCAGAGAGCAUACUCUGAUCUGAUUGGUCAGACGUCCCAGUCUGUCGGGAUUGGUCUACCGCUGUCAGAGAGCAGCCGAUGAAGACCAGAGGCGGGGGCUUUUUUUUGUUGUUACAAACCUACGUAGGUUAGUACAGGAAGUAAAGUAUGGAAUCACUGACGACUCGAUUCGGCUGUUCAGAAUCGGUUCCUUCUUUUGGGAGUCGAUGACUCGGUUUGUCGCGCGCUUUGAUUUUUGAAACUUUGCAGACUUUUUACGUUCACAAACAGCGACAUAUAUAACACACGACGUGAAAGGGAAUAUUUGGAAAACCAUCAUAGGUGCACUUUACGGCCGGAGUUCUACUUUUGCCUUGCUGUGUAUUUGUAGCGUGACACAGAAAGCGAGUUUAUGGGUUUGUGUGGCACAAUUUGAUGGAUUUGAUUCCCUGGCUUGCUUUCCUCCAUGGAGCUAACUGUAUAUUGUGACUGUCUAUGGUGCUGUGCAACCGUCCUACGGGCGAACGCCGAUUGGUUGGUCAGGGAGUUGUGUCCGGUUGCGUACCCAGAAACAUUUUAAUGACACGUUGUGACCCUAAUCAAAGUUUUCAGAAUUAUUCACCUUGAUUUAGUCUAGAUUUAAGCUUAAUCCUUAUUGCUGCCACCCACCCUAGGUUAAAUUAAAGUGCUUCAGUACAUGAGCCACUCCAUACGGCUUAUGCAGGAGUGAAAACGAUAGUAAAAAAAAAAAAGAAAAGAAACGCUUUUAGUGAAAAUCGACUUGAUUCAUAAUGGAUCAGCAAGGUUUCCGAACCUGAACGUACGGAAAAAGAGCAAAGAAGAAAGUCUUGCACUGCAGACACAAAAUACUGGACGCCGUAAAGAAGAACCGUUGUGUUCGUUAUACUCGAGUAACAUUUGUGGAUCUAUUUUUGCUAUUCUAUAUGCGUGGCUUGAGGAUCGUUUGCGUCAUGUCCCGACCCCAACUCUAGCACAUACGCUUCCCUGCUCAACCGAUCAGAGUUCGCUCGAUGCCCAGAGACUCCCAUUUGCACUAGAACUAUAGCUGAGGUUCUCCAUAUUUGCACAUCGGCUCCUCCGCGAGUCUCUAUUUCACACACUGUAAAACCCCGUUCUCUGCGUCUCUGGUUACGUUAAAAAUAAAGAUAGAGAUUACGUUAAAAAUAUGCCGGAGUCGUCUUUUAAAUCCACUACUGGCGUGCCAUAACACUGAACAAAUUACAGACUUCCCUACUCUUACACGCCCCGUUUUUGAUCGGAUGUUUGAACAAUAACAUACCUGGCCAAUUGCAUGGCAUGGGAGUAGAGUUUGGGAGACGGGAAUGAUAUGAAGAAUGUAAAAUGAUCCAAUAGUAAUAAAUCUAACACUGUUUUUUGAUGUCUGCACUAAAUUAUGUUCUUGUGUCUUCAUGAAUGUUCUGUACUUUGAAUGGUUUAAAGCAUAUAUAUAUAUAUAUAUCUUUAAAAAACACCA